GAUGACUCACUUGUAGUGUGGAAGGAGGUGGAUCUGACCCGGCUGUCAGAAAAGGAGCGUCGGGAUGCUUUGAACGAAAUCGUUAUCCUUGCCCUGUUGCAGCAUGAGAACAUCAUCGCGUACUACAAUCACUUCAUGGAUAACACCACGCUGCUAAUUGAGCUGGAGUACUGCAAUGGAGGGAACCUCUACGAUAAGAUUCUGCGGCAGAAAGACAAGUUAUUUGAAGAAGAGGUGGUGGUUUGGUAUCUCUUUCAAAUUGCAUCGGCUGUGAGCUGCAUUCAUCGAGCAGGAAUUCUUCACAGAGAUAUAAAGACAUUAAAUAUCUUUUUAACCAAGGCAAACCUCAUUAAAUUGGGAGACUAUGGGUUGGCAAAGAAGCUGAACUCCGAGUACUCUAUGGCUGAGACUCUGGUGGGAACUCCAUAUUACAUGUCCCCAGAACUCUGCCAGGGUGUGAAAUACAACUUCAAAUCAGAUAUUUGGGCUGUGGGCUGUGUCAUCUUUGAGCUGCUUACUCUGAAGAGGACCUUUGAUGCUACUAAUCCCCUGAACCUUUGUGUGAAGAUUGUACAGGGAAAUCGUGCCAUGGAGGUUGAUUCCACUGUCUACUCCCGGGAGCUGAUCCAGAUGGUGAAUUCCUGCCUUGAUCAGGAUCCAGAGAAGAGACCCACUGCAGAUGAACUGCUUGAACAUCCCCUUCUCAGCAAACGCAGGAGGGAGAUGGAAGAGAAAGUCACACUGCUUAAUGGGCCAAAUAAGCGACCAAGGUCAAGUACCAUGAAUGAGGCUCCCAUUGCAGUGGUGACUUCACGCACUAGUGAGGUGUAUGUCUGGGGGGGCGGGAAGUCCACCCCCCAGAAGCUGGAUGCCAUCAAAAGUGGCUGCAGUGCACGCCAGGUGUGUGCUGGUAACACUCACUUUGCUGUGGUGACAGUGGAGAAGGAGCUCUACACCUGGGUGAAUAUGCAGGGGGGCACCAAGCUGCACGGGCAGCUGGGACAUGGAGACAGAGCCUCCUACCGGCAGCCAAAGCAUGUUGAGAAGCUUCAGGGAAAAGCCAUUCGCCAGGUGUCCUGUGGAGAUGAUUUCACAGUGUGCAUCACAGAUGAAGGCCAGGUGUAUGCCUUUGGCUCGGACUAUUAUGGAUGCAUUGGUGUUGACAAGGCUUAUGGCUCUGAAGUGCUUGAGCCCCUGCAGCUGGAUUUCUUUCUUACCAACCCUGUGGAGCAGGUCUCGUGUGGCGAUAACCACGUGGCAGUGCUGACCAGGAACAGAGAAGUUUACACGUGGGGCUGUGGAGAGUAUGGGCGCUUGGGCUUGGAUUCAGAAGAAGAUCACUACACCCCUCAGAAGGUGGAUGUUCCAAAGACCUUAAACAUUGUGUCCGUUCACUGUGGCUGUGAUGGGACUUUCCUGCUCACCCAGACAGGCAAAGUGUUGGCAUGUGGACUCAACGAGUUCAACAAGCUGGGCCUGAAUCAGUGCACAUCAGGGAUAAUCAACCAUGACACAUACUGUGAGGUGCCAUAUGCCACUUCCCUUACUUUGGCCAAGCAGCUGUCCUUCUACAAGAUCCGUACCAUUUCUCCAGGGAAGACACACACAGCUUCCAUUGAUGAGCGAGGCCGCCUGCUGACCUUCGGCUCCAACAAGUGCGGACAGCUUGGUGUUGGGGACUAUAAGAAGCACCUGGGAAUUAACCUGCUGGGAGGCCCCUUGGGGGGUAAGCAGGUGAUCAGGGUUUCAUGUGGAGAUGAAUUCACCAUAGCUGCUACUGACGACAACCAUAUUUUUGCCUGGGGUAACGGCGGGAAUGGGCGUCUGGCAAUGACAUCAACUGAGAGAGCUCAUGGCUCGGAUAUUUGUACCUCGUGGCCUCGGCCAAUAUUUGGAUCAUUGCAUCAUGUACCAGACCUGUCGUGCCGUGGCUGGCAUACCAUCAUCGUUGUUGAAAAGGUGUUGAACUCUAAAACAAUCCGAUCCAACAGCAGUGGCCUGUCCAUUGGUACUGUGGCUCAGAGCUGUACAACUGGAGGAGGAGAGGAAGAGGAUAAUGAACAGGAAGCAGAGACCCCCAAUCCCAGUGGAGGCUUUCGGGGAACCAUGGAAGCAGAUCGUGAGUUGGGGGGCUGGAUCAGCACCACAGAAGCUAAGGGAGGCAACAGUGCUGACAGCAGCUCCUGCCCUGGCUGGCUGCGGAAGGAGCUGGAGAAUGCCGAAUUCAUCCCCAUGCCUGACAGCCCCUUUCCUCUGAGCAUGGCAUCUUCAGAGCCCGAGAAGGAGACUCUCCCUUACCAGAAACUUCAAGGACUCAAAGUGGCCUCUGAGGAGCCUGUUGGAUUAAACAAGCCCAAAACGGAGCCCUGGCCUACUUGCCUGAGUCCAACCUUGCCGUGCGGUGAAGGGAAGGCUGCGUCUCCUGUUGCGGGCUGCAUGUGCAGUGCUCUGCAAGUGGAGGUGACACACCUCCGAGGCCUGGUUUUACAGUGUCUGGAUGAUCAGAAGAAGCUGCAGCAGGAAACCAUUCGUCUGAGUGCCCAACUCCAGCAGUUUUGCAGGGGGACGGAAGGAAUGCAGCAGGUGGAGGUUCAUACCAAAGGAACACAGACAGCCAAAGAGGAGAUGGAAGUGGAUCCGAAACCUGAUUUGGAUUCAGAUUCCUGGUGUCUCCUGGGAACGGACUCGUGCCGCUCCAGUCUCUAGUCUCCUGAGCCCACUGGGAUCCAUCUAACUUCACAGCACACUAACCGAAUGCAGAGAGCGGCUUUCCUGGCUUCAGGUCACUCGCAGACAAGGAGCGAGGCCGGAGGCUCCAGAGCAGCACCCAUGUACGUUUGAUAUGAACUAGGAGUAAGUUUGAGAGGGUAAGGGCCCCUGAGCUCUAGGCCAGCUCAGUGAUUGAAGCAGCAGCAGCUCCUCUUUGUACCUUAUCUGUCAAUUCUGCACGUGAGGCAGAACGGCCCCAUUACGGCAAUGGCUCCAGUAGCAACUUGUGGCCCUUUCAUUGUUUCACUGCUUCUUGGGAGCUGCCUUUGGGACCCCAGUAUUCAUCACUGCAUCUCUAGAUGAGAGGAGGAGACAUGUUUUGUGCUGAAGCUGGCCGAACCCUAAGACUCGCCACCUUCACUUCAGAGGGGUGAAGGACUAGGAUCCUCUCCCU